GAAUCACCCAUAUUUUCUCCUACUUUUUGCAUUUAUAUUUGUAACUAAAAAGAUGAAGUCAUUUGUUGCAACCUUCACAAUCAUGGGACUUGUAAUCUUGAGUUCAUCUCUCCUUCAAAUCACCAUGGCUGAUUCAAGUUUUUGUGACUCCAAGUGUGCAAUGAGAUGCUCGAAGGCAGGGUUACAAGAUAGAUGUUUAAAAUAUUGUGGGAUAUGUUGUCAAGAGUGUAACUGUGUGCCUUCUGGGACGUACGGACACAAAGACCAAUGUCCUUGUUAUAGGGACAAGAAGAACUCUAAAGGCCAGCCGAAAUGCCCUUAAUACCCUUAUCACGGGCCAUGAAAAAUUCUAAUGAGUGGAUUAGAAUUUAGAAUGCCAC